UGUGAGUCGGUUGGGAGGUGGAGGUGGGGAUGGUGGGGUGAGUGAGGUUGUGUGUAUGAAUGCGAUUCUUAUGGCGCUUUAUACGCUUAUACUUCGGAGGGAUAGAGAUGGAGGUGGGGAUGGGGGAAGGGGGUAUGAGCCCCCGGUGUUGUGGAUGAAUAUGGCAAGGGGGAUACGCACGGUCAUUGGUGGUGCUUAUUAUGGGUUGUUGGAGAGGGGGGCGAGGAUUGUGCCGCUUUUGGUGGCAAGGCCGGUUGUUCAUGCGAAGGGACAGUUAGGUUUGGGGGGUGGGGGUGGAGAUGGGAGGGGUGUGUUGCAGUUCCUGGUGGAUGUGAAUCCGGAUGCUGCCGAGACGGAGGCAAUUAGGGCUGUAUAUGUUGAGUGUGUGCGGUAUCUGGAGGGGUUAUUACUCGCGGUAAGGACCGGAGAAACCGAGUUUGAUAUUCGGAAGCGGUUCUCGUCGUUUCCGAGUAUGAUGCCUGAGCUGUUUUUUGAGGUUGGUGGGGGAGAAGAGGUCCCGCGCGUUGGUCAUUCUGGCGUAUUUUUUUGUGGUGGCCAAGGCAGCAGAGGGGGUUUGGUGGCUCAAGGGUAUCCCGGAGAUGGAGGUUAGAGGGAUUGAGGGGGUGUUGGGGGUGGAGUGGAGGGGGGUGAUGGAGUGGCCGGGGAGGGUGGUUAGGGGGGAGGUGGAGGUUGGUGAU